UAACUAAUGCGAGUGGCGAUGCCUGCGAGAGACGGGACCCGUGCCAGCAUGGCGGAGUCUGCAUCAGCACUGAUGAUGGACCCAUCUGCGAGUGCCGCGAUGGUGACUACGAAGGCGCUUUUUGUGAGAGAGACAAAGCUCCAUCAGAAGCAACGUUCCGAGGUGCCGAGUUCCUGUCCUACGACCUGACGCAGACCGGCGGAGAGCCUAUAGUCAGCACGCAAGAUGCCAUCUCUCUCUACUUCAAGACACGUCAACCAAAUGGGCUGCUGUUUUAUACUGGUCACGAAGCUGACUACUUGAACUUAGCGGUCCGGGACGGCGGCCUGUCCCUCACCAUGGGAUUGGGGAACGGAAAACAGGAGAUGCAUAUCAAACCUUCGAAGACCCGCUUCGAUGACCAUCAGUGGCACAAGCUGACUGUGAGGAGAAGGAUCCAGGAGAUUACGCCGUUUACCAGCUUUUGCAGGGUAUCCGCCGUAGUAGAUGACGUUUACUCAGAACAUUCUCACGUAGCUGGAUCCUUCACUAUGCUCGCUAGCUCCAGGGCUCACGUUGGAGGUUCCCUGAACGCAAGAGCACUGCCUGGAGCCAGGGUUCAUACAAAUUUCAUUGGGUGUCUGAAAAAGGUGGAGUUCUCGGCGGAUACACUUCGGCUCAACUUAAUAGAUCUAGCGAGAACCGGUAGUAAACUCAUUACCGUAACAGGAAGAUUGGAGUACGCUUGCACUGCCACGGACUCUGCAGAUCCGGUCACAUUCUCUACUAAAGAUGCACAUUUGAUACUGCCGAAAUGGGAGGCUGUGAAGACCGGAACGAUAUCGUUCAAGUUCCGAACGAACGAACCGAACGGGCUCAUUCUCUUCAACAUGGGCGCGAAGCCACCAAGGGUAGGUUGCACGGCGGAUCUCUUUGCCGUGGAGAUCCUCAAUGGCUACAUCUACGUCCACGUGGACCUGGGUUCUGGAGGCGUGAGGGUGAGAGCUUCUCGCAGGAGGGUCGAUGACUCCCACUGGCAUGAGUUCCUGUUGAGACGGACUGGAAGAGAUGGGAGGGUGACUGUUGAUGGAGCGAACGCAGAGUUUAAGACUCCUGGCGAAUCCAACCAGCUUGAGCUAGAUGGACCGCUCUUUGUUGGUGGCCUUGGUUCCGAGUACUCCGCCUCAAGAACACCAGCUGUGCUGUGGACGGCCGCAUUGAGACAGGGAUUCGUUGGCUGCAUCCGCGACUUGGUGCUGAACGGAAAACCCCAAGAUCUGACAGCAUACGCUAGGCAACAGGAUUCUGCAUCGGUGAGACCAGCGUGCCACGUGCUGAUGAAGCAGUGCGUCAGUUCUCCCUGCCAGCAUGGUGGAGUGUGCUCCGAGGGAUGGAAUCGAGGGCUGUGCGAUUGCUCUGCUACCAACUAUGGAGGCCCUACUUGUGGGCGAGAAUCACCGACAAUAUUCCUCAAUGGCAGCCAGCACCUCACGGCAGCUCUGGGUCCUGAGCACGUGACUCAAACUGAAGAACUGCUUCUCCGGUUCCGGACGGGCAAAGCUGGGUUACUCCUCCGUACAGCAUCAGAACAUUCUGCUGACAGGAUAGAACUUGCGGUUGCAGCUGGCAGAGUCAGAGCAAGUGUUCGAUUAGGGGAUAGAGAAAAGAACCUUCUAGCUGGCACCAAUGUAGCAGAUGACAAGUGGCACACCGUGCGCUUUUCACGGCGAGCUUCGAACCUUAAGCUGCAGGUAGACGGAGGGCAGCCAGUACGCGGUACGUUAUCUGAAACUAUUCUAGGAAAAGCUUCAACUUUAGAAAUAUCGACGCUACAUUUAGGAGGACUGUAUCAUCAAGAAGAAGAAAUCCAAAUGACGUCAACUUUACCAAAUUUAGUUGGAUACCUUCAAAAGUUUGUUUUCAAUGGAAUAAAAUACAUUGAUAUGGCAAAGACUUUAGGAAUUGGAGUCAGCGAUGAAAACAACAAUAUUUACGAUAAUUCGAAUAUAAUAUUUAAUGGGAAAUUUGUUAAACCUGAUUCUUUGAAUGUUUAUAAAUCAGUAACCUUCAAAUCUAAACAUACAUACGUCGGACUACCAUUACUAAAGGCUUAUGGUAAUACAUAUUUAGAUUUUUAUUUCCGUACAACGGAAAUGGAUGGUCUAUUAUUUUACAAUGGAGGAAAAAAGCAAGAUUUUAUAGCAGUGGAAUUGGUGAAUGGCCACAUACAUUGUGUGUUCAACCUUGGGGAUGGAGUGGUAACAAUGAAAGAUAAGAUAAAGAGCUUUCUGAAUGAUAACCGAUGGCAUACUGUAUCGAUAAGAAGACCAACGCCUAAGAUUCACACUAUGCAAGUAGAUGAGGACUUGGAAAUGCAUACAACAAGUUCAAAUCUAAUGCUGGAGUUGGACAGCGUGCUAUACGUGGGUGGUGUGCCAAAAGACAUGUACACGUCUCUACCCGUAGGAGUUUUAUCAAGACAAGGUUUUGAAGGUUGUAUGUCCAGUUUGGACUUACCUGGUGAAUCGCCUUCAUUGAUUGAGGAUGCUGUGGUACCUAGUUCAUCACUAGUCUCAGGAUGUGAAGGUCCUACGAAAUGUACACACAAUGCGUGCGCCAACAAAGGUGUUUGCGUGCAGCAGUGGAACACAUACGUGUGCGAUUGCGACUUGACUUCAUUCACUGGACCUACUUGUUACGAUGAAUCAAUCGCCUACGAGUUUGGACCCGGUAGAGGUAUCAUCACAUAUACAUUUCCGCCAAGCGCUGUCGCCGAUACGGAAACCGACAAAGUUGCUGUUGGCUUUGUUACCAGCAAGUCAGAUGCUGUUCUGAUGAGGAUCGAGUCUUCAAAUACCCAGGAUUAUAUGCAAAUGGAAAUUAUUCGCGGCAAUCUCUUCAUGGUGUACAAUGUGGGCGACGGCGACCACCCGCUGGGGGACGAGGCGGCUCGCGUGGACGACGGUGCCUACCACGUGGCCCGGUUCACGCGGAACGGCAGCCGGGCGGCGCUGCAGCUAGACAACUACGCUGUUAACAUCCGGCACCCACAAGGUGGACAGCAAUCUUCGAUCUUCAACAGCAUGUCUCGUGUCACGAUUGGUGGUGGGCACGGCGGUGGAAGGUCAUUCAGCGGAGUGGUAGCUGGGCUGGUGGUGAAUGGGGCGCGGUUGCUAGACCUGGCUGCUGCGGUGGAUCCCUCUGCCGCUUUACGGGGCGAUGUGAGAAGGGCUCAUACUCCACUGGACAGAGAUAUCAAUCGGAUGCAGCAAACGCCACCAUCGGGCUAUGGAGGCCCGGGCGUGUUGGACGAGCUGGUGUAUUCGGGCGCCGGUUCCGGUUGCAGGGAUGACGACGAGGACGCCUGCGUGCUUCCUGACGCAGGGUCGGGAGACGACCUGAUUACUCCCGUGUAUGUUCCUUCUACGAGGCGGCCGCCUUCUAAGAUGCAUAAGGGGGAUAAAAGCGAGAAAAUGAUGAAGCCAUGCGACGACGAAGAUUGCAUCGAGGGCUCAGGUUCAAGUAGUGAAGAUAUCACAGAACCGGAGCAUCCUAUGACCACUUCUGGAGCAAGCAGCACUCACGCAAUGACGUCACCGACGAUGUCUAUAUCAACUGAACACGUGGACAAGACAGUGGGCUCAACUGACGGUGGCACCGAUAGCACUGGUACCACGAAGAGUGACACCACUCUCCCAGACCACGAUAACAUGCACGCUGGUACCGUUGACAGUGGUACCAUCCCCGAUAAGGGAACUACACCUACUGAUGACCGUUCUCACCCUGGACAUUUCACUCCAACAAUGACGGGCCGGCACACAGAAUCGACCCACACGACCGAAGACCAUCGCAUCCCGGACUACGAGGACCAUCAUCAGAUUGAGAUAGAAACACGCUCUCCAACCUACGAGAUAGAGGAGGGCCAAGACCGGGUGCCAGGCAGAGUCCAUCCAGAUUACAACGGAUAUGAGCAUGAGAUCACCACGAAGUGGUACCAUCCAAAGACCACAGACAAUAGGGUAACGCCACCUGAUUCCGAGUUUCUUGCUACUAUUGUUGGUAUCGUAGCGACCGUACUGAUAGCUGUCGUAGUAGUAGCGAUAAUAGUAUUGAAGCUGGUGUUCCGCGUCGACACCUCGUAUAAGGUCACGGAAGACAAAAGUUAUCAGCAAAGUGCCAGUGCAGCUUUACUGGGCAAUCAGGCCCACUCAAGUUACCAAACCGCUUCAAGUGUCCCAGCCGGUGGAGCAGCGAGGAACCUCGAGCCACUGCCACUCAACCGGAAUGGCACCACCCCCCUCGCGCCACUCCCGCAGCCCGUCAAGCGAGACGGCAUCAAGGAGUGGUACGUGUAAGACAGAGAUGGAUAUACCACCCGCUGUUGUGUUUACAAAGGUGUUGCGUCACUUGUACUGAUAAAACGUAGUCGAAUUGUAUAACGAUUUUGACCAUUUAAGCCUUAGGAGACGUUUUCAAAGCAACAAUUUAUCAUACAGAAUUUAACAAGGACCUUUGACUCUGCUAAUACUUGAAAAUUGCAGUUUUCUAAGCAGGUUGCAUUUAUUGAGAGCGGUUUGCUACUGCUUUUAGAUAUAUAAGCGAAGUACAUGAAGUAAAUAAGUGCAUGAAGCAAAGUAUAAUCCCAGCUGUAAUCCCAUUGGAUCGGAAUUUGAUUUUACUUUAUCGUCCUCA